CCCAGACCUCGCUCUCAGCACACUGAAGCCUGUCUGCUUCUCAGAGGUAGACCAAACCAAAGGGUUUGCAGCCUGCGUGGUGAACGUUAUCUCGUCCCUGCUGGUCGGGGUACGAGUAGGGAGCUGGUCUCACCUAAUAGUGUCUGGAACACUCCAUCUAUUUAUUUUACUGCUGGACACAGUCAGGUGACUAUGGACCUUAAGGAGGAAUAUCGGGCUGAGGGAUAUGUGAAAGAGUUCACACGCCACUCCACAGAUGUGCUCCUGAACCUUAAUGAACUGCGGCACCGCAACAUUCUGACCGAUGCCACUCUGGUGGUGGGCAGUCAUCACUUGCAGGCACACUGUGCUGUGCUGGUGGCCUGCAGUGGUUUCUUCUACUCGCUGUACUCCACUCGUGCGUUCAUUCACAGUGGCAGAGGAGAGCCACUCCUCUCUGUGUCUCUGCCUAGUACUUUGGACCCCUCCAGUGUCUCCCUGCUGUUGGACUUCAUGUACACCUCACGCCUCCCUCUGACCCCCAGCAUCGCUCCUGGUGUGCUGGCGGUCGCGACCUAUCUGCAGAUGGACCACGUGGCUCAAACCUGCCGAGACUUCAUACUGCACUGCAGGGAAAGCAUGGGGAGCAGACAACCCCACCUGGAGCUGGUCUCCCGGGUGUGUGUGACCUCUGCUGCUCAAGACAGUGAGCUGCCCCAUCCAGCUCUGCAGCUCAAGCUCCCGGUGUCAGGACCCAUCAGGAUCCAAGUGGAGGGUGGGGAAUCCAUGAAACCAACAAGCCAAUCUGAAUCAAAGGAGCCAAACAUACAUACAGACACACUUUUGUCACCUGACAGCCCUGCUCGCUCAAGCUGUCAACCCAGCUCUCCUGCUGAAUCUAACACAUGCAACAAGAACCUUGUGAGUGAUUCCAGAGCUAGCCUUGACCCUAAAGCUUGCAACUGGAAAAAGUAUAAAUACAUCAUCCUUAAUCCUCUUCUCACUGAUGCUGUUAAAGAAGAGGAACAGUGUCCUGCUGCGAACAGAACCGCCCCAAAAACCAGAACCCCUGUGGAGGCGUGGCCUGGAGAAGUGCCUGGUCAGAUUAAUAGACAGGGGCGGGCCUCCUGCUACGAGGGUUCUGGCCGAGCCCCUCCCCUUGGAUCACCGACCUCAGUGGAGAAAACUGCAUUGAUCCCAGCCCACAUGGAGGGAGCAGCAGGUGUCCCAAACAAUCCGCCGAUCAAGACAGAAAGAUCCUUUUAUUGCUAUUCUGGGAACUCUGGAGUAACGAAGACUACAUGCUCAGCUGAAAGGCCAUAUCGAUGCAAUGUGUGUGGAGCCCAGUUUAACCGCCCGGCCAACCUGAAGACUCACGCUCGCAUUCACUCUGGAGAGAAACCCUACAGAUGUGACACCUGUGGAGCUCGCUUUGUUCAGGUUGCCCACCUCAGGGCCCAUGUGCUGAUCCAUACAGGUGAAAAGCCGUACCCGUGUCACACCUGUGGCACUCGUUUCCGUCACCUGCAGACGCUCAAGAGUCACCUGAGGAUCCACACUGGCGAGAAACCAUACUCUUGUGAGAAGUGUGAUCUGCAUUUCCGCCACAAGAGCCAGCUUCGUCUUCAUCUUCGCCAAAAACAUGGAGCCAUCACCAACACUAAGAUCCGCUACAAGAUCCUGACUGAGCCCUACCAACCUCUUCUGCAGACCUGCUGAAGUUUAGACCAGUAUUACAAUUAUGAAAUGGGUUGAAGGAGAUGUUGUGAUAAUUGGAUUUAGGAUUUGACAGAUUAUCCGGAGUUUGUGAUCAGAAACUGUAAGUAAUAAAUGUUAGAGAAAGUGUUUUGAAGGUUUAUGGAAGAGUUGAGGAGCAAAAAGAGUUGUAAGAAAGCAGGAAGUAGGUUAAUCUUUUGGAAGAGAGAUUGUGAAAGUGUUUGAAAUGGAGUAAGAAAGCACUUGUUUAAGAUUUGAUUGUGUUUAUUUAAUUGAGAUUUUAAUUUAAGGCUUGAGGCUAAUGUAAUGUUGGCUUGCAGUCCCCUCAGGCAGAGGACAUACAGGUAGUUUGCUUAUACUUUUUUUUUUUUUUUUUUAAAUCAUACUAAAGCCAAUGGAGUGCAUUUGUUUAAUUGAUUUGCAGGCCAAAGAUGUUU